AUCAAUCAUAUUAAAAGACAAUUAUUAUAUUGAGAUAAAUAUAAUAAAAGUGUAUUAAAUUUAUAUAUUUUACUUUCAUAAGCAUAAAUAUUUAUGUUCAAAAAUAAAAAUAUAUUACGUUGGUAAGACGGGUUAACAUUAGCUAACUAUAUAAUAGAUGUAUAAAAAUUAAAAUGUAUUUCAUUAAAGCUAAUAAUAUAAAAACAUUGUAUCUACUUUAAUCAUGAUAUUUUUUCAUUUUAAAUAUAAAUCUAUAUUUAUAUAUAUUAUAUUUAAAAUUCUAAUUAAUAUGUUUAAAAAUAUUUUAACAAUAUCCUAAUUUUCAAAAUGUUUAUGUAAAUAUUCUCACUAAUUUUGUAAUUAGCAAUGAACUAUUAUUAUGCACUAAUAUAUACUAAGUUUUCGUUUAUAAAAUGAAAAAUUAAAAUUCUAUCCUAAUUUAGUUACUUUAUAAUCAUAAUCAUCAAGUUAAAAUACAAUUAUUAUGACAGCAUAAACCAGUCAUUUUUUUGACAGCAUAAACCAGUCAAUUAUUUUAGGAAAAUAAUUAUUCACUUUUUGACGCCAUAUAUUAAAUUUUUAUUUUGAAUAAAAUUAGUUUCUUGAUUAAACUAUAACCAAAUUAAAUGGAUCACACUAUUUAUUUUUAUAUUGAACAACAAAUAAUAAUAAAAUAUGUAGACCAUGCUGUCGAUUUUUCUUACUUUUUUUUUUUGGUAAAAAAACUUUUUCUGUUCUGUCUGUUUAAUCUUUUUUUCAUGAGGUCAAUUUCAUCAACAGAAAAUCAUAUAGUUAGUGGAUUAAAUAACAGAAUAACAUGGCUAUAUUGAUUUCUCGGAGCAACCCCCUAGGUUCCUUCACUACACUUUUCAUUUUGGUUACUCACCUAUUUAGCCCAUAAAGAUAUAUCAAUGCCUAAUGACCAUCACCGAAAGGAGGUUUCAGCUAAUAUGUAUUCUUAAUUAUAGAUUUGGUUAGAUAUACCAAAAGUACAUGCAUAAACAUAUUAUCUGAGAGUUAGAUUUGAAUUUUCAGUUUUUAUUCAUAUUUCUGUCAACCUUAACCUAUCUCUCUAUAUGUUCUCCGGAAUACGUUCAAAAUCUUGGUAUGGAGAAAAAUAUGUAUAAACUAAAGCAGGUCAAAUGCUUGUCCAAUAUCUUAUCAUUUUUCAUCCCAAAGAUUCAAAUAUGAAGAAGUAAACAUGCUGAAAAAGAAAGAAAGAAGAAGUAAACAUUUGACACAGCUAUACGUUAUGACUUUCUAAUAAAAAGAAAUAAGAUAUUAAUUUAUAGUCAACAUAGAAUUGUUGAUUUAAAAUAAUAAUAUUCGUAAGAUAUAAUUUAACUAGUAUAUUUUAUAACCACAGUCUCUUGUCACAUAAAAUAUUUUGAAGUUCUUUGACAAAGACUCGUACACGCGGUUUAACCGUACGAACGCAUACACACACACACACGCUUUCACCUUCUUCUUUUUGUUGUGUUUAGAGGUUUAUUGUAAUAAAAAAGAUUUGGUACAAAAGAAUUGGUAAAAGAUAAGGGAGCAUAUUUGUAACCGAAUCAGAAAAAAAAAGACAAAUUCCGUAGAUAGCACAAGAAAAUGAUGACAAAAAUAGAAUAUAAUAAGGUCUUUUUUUUCUUUUUGACAUCAAUAAGGUCUUUUUUAUAUAUAGUUUUUAUUGUUGUGUUUAAAGAUUUAUUGUAAUAACUAAAAGAAGAUCAUACUUUACGGAGGCCUUUAGAGGUUUUUCUUAUUAAAGAAAGUUUUUAAUUUACGAUUUAGGAUUGCCAAAGUAAAUAUUGAGUCUGGUAUAGUUCGAUGAAUUGGAUUUGCUUAAAACUAUCUACAAUAUGGCUUGGUUGUUUGUUUACGAACGUCUAUGGAUUUUUGUAAAUGAUGUAUUUAAGUUACUAGUUUAAUUUGCUCUGGCGCAAGAAAUUUUAUUUUUAAUAACUAAACAAUUAAAAUGUAUUUAUAAACAGAUUAUCUUUUAUAUUAUCUUGUAGAUUUUUGUAUAUGUGAUUUUGUUUCAUGAUUAUAUGGAUAUGGUAGGAAAUUAGAUCAUUUAAUACAAUCCUCAUGUUGAAAUAACGUUUUGUGUUUUUAUUUAAUUUUUAAAUGUAACUUAGUACUAUUUAAUAUGUAUUACUACAAAUUAUUAAAUAUUCAAAAUUUAAUUUUAUUAUCUGUGAAAUAUUUAUAUGUUUUCAAAUUAUAUCAUUUAAUACUAUAUUAUUAAGAACAAAUUUUGUUUUAUAUAUUUGAUAUUUAAUUUUUAGAUUUAGUUAUUAAUAAAAAAAAUUAAAAAAAAUUGUGGUAUUUGGUUUGAGCGGGACUAUGUUAUUAUAUAUAGUGUUUAUACGAUUAUACGAUUAUAGGAUUUAGGAUACCAUUAUACGAUUUAGGAUACCAUUAUCUAUUCUAUAAUAACAUACUCUAAUUAUUCUGUGCAUGUAUUUAAUUUUUCAAAAAAAUAGAUAUAAAAAGAUAUGAUUGUUAAGAUGCUCAUAUCAUAAUCACCAAUUAAAAUAAAAAAAUCGAUAUAAAAUGAUAUGAUUGUUAAGAUGCUCAUAUCAUAAUCACCAAUUAAAAAAGUAUUUAAUAAAAGUAAAAAAAGAGAGUAUAAUUUGGUUUGAUAGAGUAGAUUUCAAAAGUAUAUUUGGUUUAAUUAGAGUAUGUUUAUUAAGAGUAUAUUGAUAUUGGUUAGAUUUCUAUGAUAGUGAUCAGUGAAAUUUAUUUAGUUGUAUCGUUAUAACCUUGUUAUAGUUUAAAAAGGAGUCGAUAAAAAAAUUAUAUUUUAAAAGAAUAGAAUUAUGUUUAUUAAAAGUAUAUUGAUAUUGGUUAGAUUUGUAUGAUAAUGAUUAAAAGGAAUAUUUAUUUAGUUGGAUCGUUAUAAUCCUUUUUAUAGUCUAGAAAGGAGUAGAUAGAAAAAAAAACUCUAUUUAAUAGAGCAGAUGCUCGAAGUAGAAAACAAAUAACGUAACAAUAAGGGAUAAAUUAUUAGAAAAAGAUUUGUAAAUGGCAGAUAUUUGUGUAUUUUCUCUUCUCUGUAAUAUGCAUUCUGUCGAAAUAGUAAUAUAUACAGCCAUAAAACACUAACACAGAAUCUUUAUUAUACAUAUUUUUCAUAAUUUAUCUAUAUUAUUAAAACUAAAGUAUAUUUGAAAUGUUUAGAAACAUAGAUAAUAGUAGUAUUAACGAGUAUAAUACUGUUUGAAAAUAUGGAUAUCAGUAAAAAAAAGAAAUAUAAUGUCUUUUUAAUAAUUUCACUUAUAAAACUAAUCUUAUUUUCAACAGACUUAUUAUAUCGAUUUUUUAUUUUCUUAUUUUCAUUCAUCUUAACUACUUUAUUAAUUAUAUUACUUCAACAAUACAUCACAUCAUUAAUUAUAUUAACAUAAUAACAAUAUUGCAGAUUUUUAUUUAUUAGUUAAUCAACAUUAACUUUGUACCAAUUACAAAAUCAAAAUGUAAAAUAAUCGUGUUUUGCAUAUGGUUAAAAAUUCAGUUUAGUCUAUUUUACUAUUUUUUAUCUUAAUUUAAAUCGGUAAAAAUUUAUGUAGUCAAACACAUAAUUCAUAGACGUAGUUUAUGUGAAAAAUAAUAACUUAAAUCAAAAUAAUAAAAAUGUAUUACAUAUAUUGUCACUUAAUUUUUCAGACGAUAUAAAUAUUUUACAAAAUAAAGAAACAUUUUUUAUUUCACUUAAUUUAGCCAAACACAUAAAAAUAGUAUUUUUAAUUUGUUUAUAGAAUCAGUUAGACAUGGACACUCGGAUACCCAUUCAGGUAUGAUUUGUUUUUCUUUUGGUAUAAGUUGUUUUUGAAUUUGAUAUUAUGUCCCACUUGAAUAUUAUAAAUUUAUGUGUGAGUUUCGAGUCGGGUACUCUCAGGUUUAGAUGGUUAUGUUCUAAUAAUGUAUAUGAACUUAAAAAUAUCAAAAUAACCAUGUAUCUGAAACGAGUUCGAAAUAUUUUGUACCCAAAAUAAUUAUAUUACACGAUUCAAUCUGAAUCUUUUGAAUACAGUUAAUUAUAUGGCAACAUAUCUAAAUAUAUAAUAAUAAUAAUAAUCAUAAAAAAUAAAUAUUAAUUUAUAAAAAUAAAAUAACUAAUAUUUGUGCGGACCAAAUUCUAGUUAUGUUUUAAUAUUUAGUUUUGGAUUCGUAGCAUAUUCCGAUUUUGGCCAGUCAGCCACAACAAUUGACGAUGCACUUUUUGGUCGAGGAGGUUUUGAAGAUUUACUUGCAAGAAUUCUCUACAAAAAUACAUAGAACUACUUUGUGUUUACCAAACAUAGGUCUGCGACACAUAAUCGGAACCGAAAAUGCGAACCUGAUCCAAAGUGGACCAGUUCGGUUUCGGUCAUUGACUAUUUAUCUGAUUGGUAUUAAUGUUGAUUGUCCACGAAUAUCGGUUUAGUUUAUGUUUUUACUUGAAACCGAUCGGGAAUUCGUGUUAGCUCCCGUGUUUACUCCAGCUAAGAACACAUAUCCUACUCCAAUAGUGAUAUACAAAUCAUUUCAUGAUUUUUAAUAGGAUGAAUACCUGAAGUCCUAUCUGGAACCAACCUGAAUACCCGAAGUCCCAGCCUUAACCAAACAUAUGUGUUGCAAGAGAGGUUACUAGAUUCAAAACACCGUUUCACUCAAAAGUAUAACAGAGUGAAACCUUCUUGUUAACAACUUUAUGUCAUUUUAAGUGGAUUUUUACUAAAGUAACAUUUCAAUAAAAAUUGACAUAUACAACAUUGGACUAACACAAUUUUUAAUACAUUUAAAUCAGCAUUGAGAACAUGAAAUAUACCUAUUAUAAGAUAGGAUACACUUAAAAUAAACAGUUUCUUAUUGAUAUAUAAAGAGGAAAAUAAAUUUACUUAGAAACUUUGAAUUAGUCAAAAAUCCAAUCACAUGCAUUGCCUCUGUGGCUCUAUAUAUUGCCUUUGAGAACACAUUAGUUACUCAUCACUUCAAACAUAUAGCAGAAGAAAUUUGUCCACCAAAAAUGUCUAUCUUUCUUUGCUUCCUCUUACUCUUCCCUCUCUCUUUAAUUUUUAUAAAAAAGCUUUCAUCGUCCAAAGGGAAGCGGCCUCCAGGACCUAUGGGUCUUCCAAUCAUCGGAAACUUGCACCAACUUGGAAGAUUUUUUCACAAAUCUCUUCACAAAAUCUCCCAUGAAUAUGGACCAGUUAUGUCUCUCCGGUUUGGGGUAGUCCCUGUGGUCGUUGUUUCCUCCAAAGAAGGAGCUGAGGAAGUGCUCAAGACUCAUGAUCUCGAGACUUGUAGCCGACCUAAAACAGUAGGCACCGGGUUGUUUACUUACAACUUUAAAGACAUUGGUUUCGCUCCUUUUGGUGAGACAUGGAGAGAGAUGAGGAAAAUCGCGGUGCUAGAGCUUUUUAGCCAGAAGAAACUCAAGUCAUUCAGAUAUAUUAGAGAGGAAGAGAGUGAAGUGUUGGUCAAGAAAGUAUCAAAAGCUGUUGAUGAGACACAAAACUCAUCAUCGGUUAACUUGAGGAAAGUAAUAUUCUCCUUCACGGCCAGCAUCAUUUGUAGACUCGCUUUUGGUCAGAAUUUCCACGAGUGUGAGUUCGUGGAUAUGGAGAGAGUGGAAGAGCUGGUGCUUGAGUCAGAGACUAGCCUCGGAUCCUUGGCUUUCGCGGACUUCUUCCCUGCGGGAUGGGUCAUAGACCGGAUCUCUGGCCAGCAUUCGAAGGUGAAGAAAGCCUUUGCAAAACUCACCAACUUCUUUCAGUAUGUGAUCGAUGAUCACUUGAAGAAUGGGCAGCCCCAAGAUCACUCGGACAUCAUCAGUGUCAUGUUGGAUAUGAUCAGUAAACCCAGUAAAGGCGAUUCUUUCAAAGUCACUGAUGACCAUCUCAAAGGAGUCAUGUCGGAUGUGUUUUUGGCUGGAGUGAACGCUGGGGCCAUCACGAUGAUAUGGGCGAUGACAGAACUAAGCAGACAUCCGAGAGUGAUGAAGAAACUACAAGAAGACAUUAGAACAACACUCGGACCCAACAAAGAGAAAAUCACAGAAGAAGACCUAGAAAAAGUUGAGUACCUGAAGCUAGUGAUCGAGGAAACAUUCAGAUUACACCCACCUGCUCCUCUCUUGCUGCCAAGACUAACGAUAUCCGACGUCAAGAUUCAAGGCUACAACAUCCCAAAGAACACUAUGAUCCAAAUCAACACUUACGCGAUAGGACGUGAUCCCAAAUACUGGACCAAACCCGACGAGUUCAUCCCCGAGAGGUUUGUUGAUAACCCUAUCGAAUAUAAAGGUAAGCACUUUGAGUUAUUGCCGUUUGGAGCCGGUCGUAGGAUAUGCCCUGGGAUGGGCACAGGGACCACCAUCGUUGAGCUUGGCCUUCUUAACCUUCUUUACUUCUUUGACUGGAGUUUGCCCGAGGGAAUGACCAUUAAAGAUAUUGAUAUGGAAGAAGAUGGAGCUUUCGUCAUCGCCAAGAAAGUUCCUUUAGAGCUCGUUCCAACUCGUCAUCGCUGGUGAAGAGAACGUUAUCAUUUUAAUAAGAUCCAUAUUUUUACAUAUUUGUCUAAAUACUAUUGGUGUGGCUUUGUUUUAUCUAAAAUUGUUUUAAGCUUAUCAUGUCUUGUGAUCGGUACUUUACCAAUAAUGUUUUAAUAAUGUCUACAAUUAAUACCUAUGUUAAUCUAAAGUUUUAUCCUUCA